CAUUUAAAUCUGGAUUAAAUUCGAAACUAUCGAUUACGAAAUAUGUAGAUAGUUUGAGCCCCAGCUGCCGCUUUCAUUGGAUCGGAAAUUAGAAAGGCCCAGCAUGGAUCUGAAGCAAAAAACAUAUCUCCUGGUGACUGGUGCAUCGCGUGGCAUUGGCCGCGAGUUUGCCCAGCAGCUGUCGCAGCGCAUUCAAGCUUUGGGCUCGGUGGUUGUGCUGAUGGGACGCAGCCAGCCGCUGCUUGAGGAGGCAAAGGCCACAAUUUUGAAGCAAAAUCCAGAUCUGUCGGUACACAUAUUCGCGCUGGAGUUGGGCACAGCCAAGACCGAAGAUUUUUCCAGUAUCCUACAGGACUCUCUCCAGGCAAAGGUGUCUCCAGGUGACUUCGAGCGCGCCAUUGUCAUUCACAAUGCAGGCACUGUGGGUGACACAUCGAAGCGUGCGCGAGAGAUUGGCGACACGGAGUACCUGCAGCAGUUCUUCCACACCAAUUUGUUCUCCGCCAUUGCCCUCAAUUGCGAGUUCAUGCGCAUAUUUGCUGGCGUGCCCAAGCUGGUGGUCAACUUGAGUACCCUGGCGGCCAUAGCCCCAAUCUCCUCGAUGGCCCACUAUUGCACUGUGAAGUCGGCCAGGGAGAUGUAUUUCCGUGUGCUGGCCACCGAGGAGCCAGCACCGGGCACUCUGGUGCUCAACUAUGCGCCCGGUAUGAUUGACACCCAGAUGACAGUGCAGGUGCAGCGCGAGGCUCAUGAUCCCGCGGUGGUGGCCAUGUUCCGGGAGCAGCGCGAGUCUAAAACAAUGCUGACAACUGCUCAGACAACUGAGCGUUUCAUCCAGGUGCUGGAGGCACAACGGUUCCAGUCCGGCGACCAUGUUGACUACAGGGAUCACGAGAAGGCCUAGAUCACAAAAUAUUUUACACUAUGGUUAUUGGGUAUUUGUAUUAAAAUGGAAACGCAACAA